AUGCUCGUCUCAUUGACGGUUGGCAAGGUCGACGCCGGCGUCACGGUGCUCCUGACGCCAGAUAAGCGCCUCAUCGAGUUCCCCUCCAUCCUGCUGCCCCCGAACAUCUCCUCCGGCAGCAUCGUCGACAUCACCGUCGGUCGCAACAACGCAUCGGAAUCCGCCGCCGAGCACGCCUUCCGCGACCUCCAGGAGCGCAUCUACGACGCCUUUGGCGCCAGCGAGCCCGCCGUGCCGGUGCUGCGCUGCCGCAACGCCACGCAGACGAGCGUCGUGCUCGAGUGGGACCCCGUCGAGCUGGCGACGGCCGACCUGCUGUCGCUGUCGCUCUUCCGCAACGGCCAAAAGGCCGGCAGCAUCCCGCGGCCCCUGCACAUGCACAGCACCAAGAUCAGCGGCCUCGCCGUCGACACGGACUACACCUUCCACCUCGUGCUGCGCACCACCGCCGGCACCUUCGCCUCGGACAAGGUCCACGUCCGCACCCACAAGCUCACCGACCUCAGCGGCAUCACCAUCACGCCGGGCGUCAUGCCGCAGCAGACGCGCGACGCCCUCGCCGCCGCCGUCGAGCGCAUCGGCGCCAAGCUGGUCGACGGCGUCCGCAUCGACACGACCCACUUUGUCACCACCGAGGGCCGCGGGCCCGCCUGGGAAAAGGCCGUCGACACCAACAUACCCGUCGUCCGCCCCGAGUGGGUCGACGCCUGCGAGAAGAACGGCCGCAUCCUCGGCGUCACAAAGUUCUACCUCGACGCCAUGCGCCCGGGGCCCCCGACCCCGGGCAUCGAAGAGCCCUCCCAGAAGGACCUGCCCGCGCCGCCGGCCCAGCAGCAGCAGCAGCAGCAGCAGCGGGUACCUCCAGCAGCGGCAGCGGCAGCGCCAGAAGCCAGUGCGGCCGACGACGGUCCCCCUGCAGGAUACUCUGCGGCGCCUGCCCCUACGAGCGGUUCGGCCAGCGGCGACGAGGACGAGGUGGAGGACGAGGACGAGGAGGACCAAGACGAGGGGAAGGACAGCAAGAGCAGUCCGACAGAGGGAGCUGCCACUACGGAGCCCAAGACGCGCGCAGCCGAGCAGGAGGAGCAAAAGGUGCGACUCGAGGACAAGAGCGAGCAGAACCUGGCGUUGCGACCGGGCGGGCCCAGCCAGGGCUCGCUGUCGGCGGCGGCGAGCGAGGACGGCCGGGGCGACGAGGACACGCCCGACCAGCCCGGGUCGUCGAGCAGAGCGUCGUUCCAGAACGUGGAGCUGUAA